AGGAAAGGCGGCCGAGCCCCCACUUGGUUACCCAUUUGUCCUCCCCCAAGCGCUUAGCACAGUGCUCUGCACACAGCUAGCGCUCAAUCAAGGAGAUUGAAUGAAGGAAUGAAAGGCAGGAACGCAGACUGGAUGAAGACAGGGAGGUUCGGGGGUGGAUGAAGGACUCCCCGAAAUGCUGAAAAUGCCAAGCGACGGGGGAGAGACCUUCACCGAGAGACAGUUAUUUAAAGACGCUACAUUUCCAGCCUGCGAGUCCUCCAUCUUUUUUAACUUUUCCACGCCACUCGCGCAAUUCAGAGGGGACAUCUCCUGGCUGCGGCCUCAGGAAAUUUGUUCUAAUCCUCGGUUAUUUCCUGAUAAUCCCCGUGAAGGCCAGGUGAAGCAAGGGAUUCUGGGGGACUGCUGGUUCCUCUGUGCCUGUGCUGCGCUCCAGAAGAGUAAACAUCUCCUCGAUCAGGUCAUCGUCCCAGGGCAGCCGAGCUGGUCGGACCAGGCCUACCGGGGCUGCUUCACCUGCCGCUUCUGGCGGUUCGGACAGUGGACGGACGUGACGGUGGACGACCGCCUGCCUUGCCUUGCGGGGCGGCUCUGCUUCUCCCAGUGUCAGGCGGAAGAUGUUUUCUGGCUCCCCUUGCUUGAAAAGGCCUACGCCAAGCUGCACGGAUCCUAUGAGCACCUGUGGGCCGGGCAGGUGGCCGACGCCUUGGUGGAUUUGACGGGGGGCCUGGCCGAGAGGUGGGCCCUGAAGGAGACGGGACGAAGCGGGGAGAAGCCCAAGACGGUCUUCCAGAGUCUGCUGCACCUGAAGGACCAGUGUGUGAUCAGCUGCUCGGUACUGAGUUCCCGGCAAGGUGCCAGUGACCUGGGUGAGUUUCACGCUUUCAUCGUGUCGGACGUGCGGGAUCUGUGCAGCGAUUCUGGCGGGAGGCUCCUCCUCCUGCGGAUUCAGAACCCCUGGGGGAGGCGGUGCUGGCAGGGGGCCUGGAGAGAGGGGGGUGAAGGAUGGAACCAGUUAGAUCCAACGGUGGCCUCGGAACUGCUGUCCCUGCUGCAGGAAGGAGAAUUCUGGGUGGAAGAGGAGGAGUUUGUGAGGGAGUUUGAUGAGGUCACCGUUGGUUAUCCGGUCACUGAGGAGGGUUGCCUGCAGAGCCUCUAUUCAGAGAGAGCGUUCCACCACACUCAGACGUUGUGUGGGGCCUGGGUCGCGGGGCAGUCUGCAGGUGGUUGCCGUAACAACAGCAGCUUUCCUAGUAACCCCAAAUUCUGGCUGCGGGUCUCGGAACCGAGCGAGGUGUGCGUGGCCCUCCAGCAGAGACCCCGGCGGUAUCGGACGGAUUGGGCCGGCAGGAUCCGGACUCCAGACCGCGUCGGAGAAGAUGGGCGGGGCCUGACUGGAGAAGGGCUCCCCGGGAAGGAAUACCGGGCCGUGGGGCUGCACGUCUGGAAGGUCGAGAAAAAGCGGUUCAACCUGGCCCGGACCCUGUCUGCCCCGCCGGUGGCUGGGACCGCCUGCCACGCCUAUGACCGGGAGGUCCACCUGCACUGCGAGUUCUCCCCAGGCUAUUACCUGGUGGUCCCCAGUGCUUUUCGGAAGGAUGCCGCCGCCCAGUUCCUGCUCCGCGUGUUCUCCACAGGGCGGGUCUCCCUCAGCGAGCUCAAACUAACCCGCGGCAGCGCCUUGGCCGGAGAAGAGUUCCCGGCCGGGGAGUGGGAGACCGUGCAGCUGGAGGGGAGCUGGAGGAGCGGGAAGACGGCCGGGGGCAGCCGCAACUUCCCCUCCUUCCCCAGCAAUCCGUGCUUCCCUCUUUGCGUCGCCCCAGGCCCAGGGGCCCAGAGGGUCCAAGUGACACUGCGCCAGCACUGCCAGGAUCGCUGCCACCCAAUCGGCUUCCACAUCUUCCAGGUGCCAGGGAGCAGCGGCCAGACCCCGGAGGCGUCCCCCUGGUUGCGCGGGGAGCCUUUAUUGAGCUGCGUACCGCACUGCUACGACCAAGAAGUCAGCCAACUGUGCCGUCUUGCUCCAGGGAAUUAUGAGAUUGUGCCCUCCACCUAUUUGCCUGACUUGGAAGGAGACUUCACCCUGACCAUAGCGACCAAAAUCGACAGGAAGCCCAUUAAGAGUCAGGAGACGCUGGGGCAAGUCGUGCAGGAGGUCUCCUUCAGGGCGGUGAUGAAAAGGUAACUGCAGACGGCCUCAGUUGGCACUGUUUGGAAAACCCGGCCCUCCUCCUUCCGUGGAGCCCGAAAAGAUCCUGGCCUUCCACGCCGCCCUCCUGAUCGGAGACGCGUCAGGCGACUCAGCGGGCCCCUGUGCUAUACCUUCCGCCCAGCUCAGCUCGGGGGCUCCUUCCAGCUGCCGAGUCUCCCGGAAGAAGCCAGAUCCGUGACGGACGACAGGUUGCGGUUAAUCCAAACCCUCAGGAGUUCCAGCGGGGCCAGGAGAACUGAGGGGCAGGACCAGGCAAGGCGGUCCAAGACCACCCGCGGCCCCAGGACAGGCGAGAGGCUCUCUGGAGCCCAAGAAGAAUCCUGGAUGGGGAAACCUAAAUCCGUCCUGUACCUUGCUUCCUAGCCAGGGGCAGGCAGUGGCAACCAUUCUCUAGGUUUCGGGGCUGGGGGUGGUGGGCGAGGGGACUGGAAUAGCGGUAGAUUGUUCUGGAUCGCAUAAGAGUGUUGGUGAGCGGUGGGAAUUCAUUCAUUCAUUCAUUCAAUCAUAUUUAUC